UGUGAGCUCGGGGGUGUUUGUGAGUCCCGACGGCCCCCAGGGAGUGUUUGUGAGUCCCGAAGGCGCUGCGAUCCGGGGGCCGGUGAGGGGCUGUUUCAGCCCUCGGGAGGAAGCCUGCUCGGGGCCCUGGUGGGGGGCCCCGCUUCAUAGGAUCCCACCCCAGGAGAGGGCCGAUCCUGCGCCGGACCUGAGUGAGCGCGCGGGGGGGCGGAUUUGUUUGGUUUCAAAAGUGCACGUUGCUAACCGCCGGCAGGGCCCCCCCGCCGCCGAGCCGGGCAGGGGGCGGCCGAGAGUGACAGCUGGGAGUGGGGGCCGCGGGAAGGGCCCGGAGCGGGGGGGCCCUGGGGAGCCCGCGCGAGUUCCCCUUUCCUUUGGAACAAAGGAAAGUCUGUCUCUGAGGCAUCUGUCACUCCCAGGCGGGCCGAGGAAGCGGGGCGCGUGAGGCCGGCGCCCCAGAGAAAGUUUGUUGGCGCCGGGACCCUCGGGUAGGCCGAGGGUGAGCCGAGCCUCCCGAAGGAGAAGCGAGCAGCCUGCGGGGCAGGGGGCGGCAAACAUGGAGUCUGGGCGCAGGGCUGUGGGGGGGCGGCGCGGAGGUGGGAGCCCAGCCCCCUCCCCUCCCUUCCCCUCCCCUCCCGCUCAGGGCCGAGUUCGGAGCACAAAGCCGAGCGCGCACGCUCCGCCGGCCCCGCGCCCCGAAGAGUCGGCCAGCCCAGAACUGCCGGGGAAGGGGGUGGGAACCAAACUUUUUCCUGCUCCAGGACAGACACGUUUACCCAAGGUCCAGCCCCCUAGGCACCAUGUCGGACAGUGAUCUAGGCGAGGACGAAGGCCUCCUCUCUCUGACGGGCAAAAGGAAGCGCAGGGGGAACCUGCCCAAGGAGUCGGUGAAGAUCCUCCGGGACUGGCUGUACUUGCACCGCUACAACGCCUACCCCUCAGAGCAGGAGAAGCUGAGCCUUUCUGGACAGACCAACCUGUCAGUGCUGCAGAUAUGUAACUGGUUCAUCAAUGCCCGGCGGCGGCUUCUCCCAGACAUGCUUCGGAAGGAUGGCAAAGACCCUAAUCAGUUUACCAUUUCCCGCCGCGGGGGUAAGGCCUCAGAUGUGGCCCUCCCCCGUGGCAGCAGCCCCUCUGUGCUGGCUGUGUCUGUCCCAGCCCCCACCAAUGUGCUCUCCCUGUCUGUGUGCUCCAUGCCACUUCACUCAGGCCAGGGGGAAAAGCCAGCAGCCCCUUUCCCACGUGGGGAGCUGGAGUCUCCCAAGCCCCUGGUGACCCCUGGUAGCACACUUACCCUGCUGACCAGGGCUGAGGCUGGAAGCCCCACAGGUGGACUCUUCAACACGCCACCACCCACACCCCCAGAGCAGGACAAAGAGGACUUCAGCAGCUUCCAGCUGCUGGUGGAGGUGGCGCUACAGAGGGCUGCUGAGAUGGAGCUUCAGAAGCAGCAGGACCCAUCACUCUCAUUACUACACACUCCCAUCCCUUUAGUCUCUGAAAAUCCCCAGUAGGCAUCUGCCAACAGGGUGCUCAAAGCUCAAGCCAGCUGUCCUGGGUUUCCGUUUUGGUUCCCUUUCAUACAGAGGGUUUUCUAUGGAUCACUGCCAAACAUUGGGAUCAUCUCCUCUGUCCAGAGGUCUUCAGCAGGAAGACACCAGCUGGCACCACUGCACUGUGAUGGGGGCCCUCUCCUCUGCUGACUCUGCCGUUUCUCCAGGCCUCCCCUCAGUGAUGAGACCAAGAGAUCGGAGACAAGCAUGGUGCUGAUGCUGCUGCUGCUUCUCCAGAAAAUCCCUGGGACACCUUUGUUCCAGCCUGGUUUCCUGGGCUGGGCUCAGGAAAGCUGCCAAGUUCAGUCCUAUGUUGGGUCCAAGCUGCCCCUGUGCUGUUUCUGUCAAGCCAGGUAUGGACAUUCCAAGUUCAUAUGCAUGAACAAAAGAAAAGAGGAACCCAGUGGAUGUAACAGAACCGACUCCAGUUGAAUGUUUAGAUUUUUGCUAAACUGUUUUCUUUUUCCCUUUUUUGCUGUGGUUUGCGUUCACGGCAGUAGUUAGCCCAGGUGUGGGGAACGAGAGUGCACUGCAUGAUAGCGUUAUGGUGAGCUGGGAAGGACCCACCACUGCCACUGGGGAUUGUUUUGCAAGAAAGGAAUAUUUUUAUUUUGGGGACCAGCUAAGUCUCUGCAGUAGUGUGAAAUUCCAAAUGGUUGUUUUAUCGUUGGUUUGGUUUACCCAAAAAAAAGGCAGGAAAAAAAAAACCCAUAUGAGCACAUUGACUUUUCUGCCGCAGGCACAGAAGGGUAGAAAGCCACAGCAGGGGGCAGUCCAGCAGACUGACUCAACUUUCUUAGGUACCUAGCAGAGAAGGAUGGUAAGAUCAAAAGGUGUUUGGUUUUUCUUUUCUUUUUUAUUGUAGUUUUUUGGGGGGUGGGGGGAGUAAACUAGACUGAAGCGAUGGAUUUUUUUUUUUCUUUAAUGUUUUUCCCUUUGUUCUUGAACAUUUUUGCCCUGCAGCCUGAGUUUUGAAUUCUUUUAGGAACUUGGAUUAGAGGGGCCCCUAUGUCAGAAGCUCCCAGCACCUCCUACUUGGGAGAGAAGUGAGCCAUCUGCUGGUCAGGAAGUCCUCCAAAGAGGCAGCCUUUCCCACAAUGGUGGCAGGAAACUAUCUGGGGAAAGCAGGAAUAGUGUCCACUGCUGCCAGGGAACUGCCUUCAGAGAAGGCUGGGGCUGGAAAAGGGUUAGAAGCCUGCUAGCUGGGAUUGUCUUUGUUUCAGCUUCCUUUAAAUUAGAGUUAUAGGGGCCCCUGCCCCGUGAACAGAUCACAAUUGGUCUUAUGCUCCUCCCUCUCCCCCAUUUUUUCUUUUGCUGUUUUGUUUUUUGUUUUUUUGAGACAGAGUCUCACUCUGUCACCCAGGCUGGAGUGCAGUGGUGCGAUCUCGGCUCACUGCAGCCUCCGCCUCCCGGGUUUAAGCAAUUCUUUGCCGCAGCCUCACGAGUAGCUGGGAUUAUAGGCGCCCGCCACCAUGCCCGGCUAAUUUUUGUAUUUUUAGUAGCGAUGGGGUUUUACCAUCUUGGCCAGGCUGGUCUUGAACUCCUGACCUCGUGAGCCACCGCGCCCAGCCUCUUUUGCUGUUUCAUCGCUGACAGUGUUCAACAGCAAUAUGCCCCAUCUUUAUAUAUCCUAAGAAACACUAAUCCUAGGUUAUUGCUAGCCAAAAUAUUUUUGUCCUCAAUAACGUCACUGGGCCAAAAGAUAGAUCAGUACCGCAGCCUUUAGUUUCCUGAAAUCACCAGGUCAGGCUCAAGGAGAAGAGAGGUUCCUGGAUACUGAAUAACUUGGGUGGGCCUAGCCAGGAGAAAGACAGUAACAUGUGUUCUGUACUUUCUUGGAAGAUCCCUGAAGCCAUCACAGAGGCUCCCCAACUUCUGAGUCGCCCAUCUGUUGCUGGAGUGGGAAUGGAUUGCUGAAGGAGAGGGAGCUUUGCUCUCUCUAGGUGGCCAAGUUUCCUGGGCUCUCUGUGUUGCCUCCCUCUGGCUUCUUCCUCCUGUGCCCUCUCCCCGUGUGCCCCAGGGGGAUCAGGGAUCCUCACCCUCCUGAAGCCCAGUGGGGAAGAAUGAACAUGGCUGCAUCCAGGUUAACUGAAGCUGCCAUUUGCCCAGCCUUUUCCAUCCCAGCCCUGUCAGUGAGCCCUGGUCUGGUGCAACUGCUGCAGGAUGCCUGUAGUAGGGAACUCUGGAAGUGUAUUGGUCUGAGGUGGGAUUUUCCCUCCCCACAGUGCACUGAGCAACGGCGGGUGGUGAGGGGUGAGGGAGCCAUGCUGCUGAAUUCUGGUUGGCAUUCCCCCAUUAUGUAAAGUGAGGUGUUGGGGUGGGGCAGACUCUGCUUGGGUUUGGUUGUAAGAUAAACCUGGAGGAGAAGCACAGUUGUCCCAUUGAAUUAUUUGAGCAAAAACUACUGUAAAUAACUUUUUUGUCUUUUGUCAAAUAAAAUUGUUGUUUUGUUUUUUUAAGCAGAAACA